AUGGCGUCCAAAAGCUCUCCGCCGCGCCCAGCGGCCUCGCGCGGCCCCGUGAUCACUCUGACGACGACGCGAGCCUUCACCUUCCCCAACUACUCCAAGGCGGCGCAGCUGCCGGCGGGAGAGGCGCUGCGAUCCAAGGCGUUCGACUUCCAUGGCCGAUCGUGGCGGGUCAAGCUGUACCCCACGGGCUUCACCCCCGCCACGCGGGACUUCGUCGCCGUCUUCGUCAAGUGCCGCACCCAGCCGUUCGACUUCUACGACGCCGUGGUCACGGUCAAAAUCCUGGACAAGAAAGGCGAGGGCACCGUCUUCGACGACGCCACCGCCAAGACGACCGCGCUGGCGAUAGGCGACAGCGUGUUCAGCAAGGGCUACGUCGAGUUCGCCAGGAGGCGGGAGGUGGCGGCGGCGUGCGUCCGCGACGACGACAGCAUCAUUGUCAGGUGCACCCUGCUCAUCGACGCCGAGGUGGUGGCGAAGCCGCCGUUGGUGCUCCCGUGGAGACGCACGGCCAAGGCUGACGAUGGCGGCGGCAUGGUCGUCCCUACGCCAUCGUGGAUGAAAAGCUUUGCACUAGACUCCGCGACCGACACGGACGCGGCUUCGACGUCCACAGCCACCGGCGUGCCGGAGGUCGUGACCGGGUCCCAUACGCUCACCAUCAGCCAAUUCUCGGAGAAGAAGGCGUUGCUUGCGUGCGGCGAGUGCCUGCGCUCCGCCCAGUUCCGGCUCGGCGGGAGCAACUGGUACAUAAAGGUGUACCCCAACGGGCACGACGCCGGCAGCAAGGACAACGUGUCCUUCUUCCUCGCCCGCGGGAGGUCCGGCGAGCCGGAGACGACGGCCGAGUUCGCGUUCGAGUUGGCCAACUUCAAGGAGGCCGGCGGCAACAACAAGUCCGCCAAGGUGAGGGCGACGUUCGACAACAGCAACGCGAACAGCUCGGAGCACCUCGGCUUCCAGCGCGCGGCGGCGGAGCUCCAGUCUGCCCCGCAGAUGCGCAGCGACCGCCUGAUCGUCCGGUGCAAGCUCGGCGUGUUCAGGGGGAAGCCGCCGUGCCCGCUCCUCGCCGAGGCGCCGGCGAUCGCCGCCCCGCCGGACACCCGGUCCUCGGACUUCCUCUGGCUCCUCAAAAGCCAGGAGGGGUCGGACGUCACGUACGCCGUCGGCGGCACCACCUUCCGCGCGCACUCGUGCAUUCUCUCGGCGCGGUCGCCGGUGUUCCGGGAGGAGAUGCGGGAGCUCGUCGACAACCCGGAGAAGUACCCAUGGCGGUACAUCAACGUCGAGGAGGAGGAGAUGACGGCGCAGGCGUUCGAGGCGCUGCUGCACGUGGUGUACACGGACCAGCUGCCGGGCAUGAGCUACGUGGAUCCGACGGAGGAGACGGUGGAGGCCAUGCUCUUCGCGGCGGAGAGGUACGGGGCGGAGAGGCUGAAGCUGCGGUGCGAACAGUGGCUCUGCUCGUUCGUGACCCCGCUCACGGUGGCGGACAUCCUGUCGAUGGCGGUCAGGUACGACCUCCGGCUGCUCGAGGACGCCUGCGUCAAGUACGCCACGCCGGACCACCUGUGGGAGCACGUCAAGGGGACAGAGGGGUUCAACCGGCUCAGGGCGAGCUGCCCCCACAUCGUCCGAGAAAUUGAGGGCAAGCAGAGGAAAUACUAG